AUGAAACAUACGGAUCCUAAAAGUGCAUUUUUAAUUUUUCAAAAAUCUCUACAGCAGUUAACGGUGGAUCAACGUGCAAAAAUGAUAUCAUCCGUGUUAAAUAUUUGCAAACGUCUUCCAAGCAAUCCCAUAACGACUAGUCUCACCAAUUCAUUAAAAUGGAUUAAAGGCGGCGGGCUCACAAUAAAACCAAUUUGGAUCGUCGCUGGCCUCUUACUUUGGGAAACUUCAAAGGGUAUUAAUGAUUGGUGGGAUGGCAGAAUUACUGGCACUAGAUGUGUAACAAUAAUUAUUGAAAAAAGUGCAGCUAUCGGUGGUGCCUGUGUGGGCGUUGCUGUUGGUUCAGCAGUGGGAACACAAAUAUUUCCCGGGGUUGGUACACUUGUCGGUGGGGUGAUAGGAGGAUUUAUUGGAGGAGCUGUAGCUGAAGCAUUAGCAAAAUGGCUGAAUGAUUAUUUCUUUGAUCGACCAAAGGAUAUUGCAUUAGAAAAUGCUUAUGCAUAUUUACAAUUAAGACAUACUUGUUCAAAUGACGAGAUCAAUGAAUCGUAUAAAAAAUUACUUCUCAUCCAUCAUCCCGACAAAGGUGGUAAGCCGGAAAACUUUAUAAAAUUACAAGUCUCACUGGCCAUUAUAAAGGAAGCACGUGGACAAGGCGUGGCGUCAACAAAUGUGAGCAUAAAUCUGAUUUUAACUCUCGUAUAG